ACCGUCACUUUCCCGGGAAAAUCAUGGAUUUUCCGGUACUAUCUCAGUCCAACUCCCUUCGUUGUCCAUCAGAUUUUCUCGAGAAGCCGAAGCCCUACUUUCCAAUACGUCGCAGAAGUACUCCUCUCUGGUCCACAACCAAUCACACUCCACCAUCUCUCCCUGCCUUGAGUAAAACCACUAGCAUAAAAUGUACGGUCAAGGAAACUCAAAAUCAAGAACCGUUUCAAUCGGAAAAUGGUCGAAAGGGUUGGAUUCACUUUGUAGGUAUUGGAGGUUGUGGAUUGUCUGCACUGGCAAUGCUUGCUCUCAAACAAGGUUUUGAGGUUAGUGGCUCAGAUGUUAAAUGGAGCAGCUACAUGGACAGCCUACAAGAGGCUGGUGCACGUUUGCAUAUUGGUCAUUCGGUUUUGAAUUUGAAACGGAGUGAUGGGUCAAGAUUACCUAAUGCGAUUGUUGUUUCAAGUGCUAUUCCUCAAGACAAUGUGGAGAUUUUGCGUGCAAAGUCUGCUGGAGUGCCUGUACACAAACGGGAUUAUUGGCUGGGAAGGCUAACGGAGUGCUACAAGCUUAUUGCUGUUAGUGGUAGCCAUGGCAAGAGUACAACAGCAAGUAUGCUGGCUUAUGUUUUGAAAGCAAUGGGCGAUGAUCUUACAGCUGUAAUUGGAGCACAUGUCCCACAGUUUCCAGAAGGAAAUAUUAUUUCAGGUGGUGGUCAAAAUUUUGUGCUGGAGGCUGAUGAAUACGAUGGCUGUUUCUUGGGAUUAUCACCUUACAUAGCUGUAGUAACCAAUCUGGACUGGGAGCAUGUUGAUAUCUUUCAAGAUAAGGAGGCAGUUAAAUCUACUUUCAGGAGGUUCCUCAAUCUAAUCAAGGUGGGUGGACAUCUCAUAAUAUAUGGGGACAGUCCAGAUACGCGUUCUUUGCUAAAUCACAGGAGACAAGCGACUGGAUCAGAGUAUUCCAGUGGUGUGAUGCCGGCUCCAAACUUGGAGCUAUUUGAUGAGCAUUACAGAAUAACUACUUAUGGAAUCUCAAGUCUUAAUGAUUGGCAUGCAUCCUCAAUUCACCCCAACUGUCAUGGUGGCAGUGAUUACACACUGUUCCAUCGGGAGUUUCCAGAGGUAGAUAUCAGUCUUCAGAUUCCUGGAGUUCAUAAUGUCCUCAAUUCAUUAGCAGUUAUUGCUACAGUGAUGGCACUUUUUAGUGACAGAAUGCAAAAUUAUGAGCUAAUCAGUCACGUAAGACUACACUUGAAAAGUUUCAAUGGUGUUUCCAGACGUUUUGAGAUGAUUGGUACAAUUUGUGGAUGCCAUAUAUAUGAUGAUUAUGCACACCAUCCAACAGAAAUCUGUGCAGUUCUUCAAGCAGCACGUCAAAGGUUCCCAUUCAAGGCUAUAUGGGUGGUAUUCCAACCUCAUUCUUACAGUCGUCUAGCAGCAUUGAAAGAUGAAUUUGCCACUGCACUCAGUGAUGCAGAUCAUGUUGUGGUUACAGAGGUUUAUGCUGCCAGAGACAAAGGUUUUUGGGAUGUUAGUGGAAGUGAUUUAGCUGCUUCUAUUAAUGGCCCACCAUGUGAAUAUAUCUCUUCUCUGGAUGCUGUAGUUGAUAAGUUGGUGUUUCAGAUAUCCAAGGACCUUCAUCGCCAAAUUGUUGUUUUGACCCUUGGAUCAGGUGAUAUUACUACUGUAGGCCCCAAAGUGCUUCAUAGGUUGCAACAGCAAUACUAGUGAACUUGUAGAUUCCAUGUGGCACCUACUUGCGCAUUACUUGAUUGAUUUUUGAAAUUCAGACAUUUCAUGAUUCCAAACCUCUGAAUGAAGAUUCCCAAGUCGAAGAUAAUUCAUACACUUCUCCAAUAUAAAGUAUGAGAUGGUCUUGCCAAUUGCCACUGAUUUUGUCUGGUGUGGUACACGAGUAUUUUAUUGUAAGAAGCCAGCUUCUUUCAGUUAUUACCGACCAUCCCACAAAUGACCUGACUUGCCUCUUCUACUUUGGCAAGAAAUGACUUGUGAGUCUGUGAAUGUCCUUGUGUGACGUCCGUUUGAUUCUUCUAUGCAAAGAUGAAACUGGUGGCCGGUUAUGUUAUUGGUAAUGAUAGUUUCUUCUAUAGACAUGGAUGGAUGUGGAACUGUCAAGGAGAAAGCUGAUGACACUGCAACUGCAAAUUGAGUUCCAUGUAAUGAAUUUGCAUUUCCAAUUUGUGUUGUACUAUGUU